AUGGUUUCUAGUACAUUCCACUUACUCGUGGGGAUAUCACUUAUCUUAUCGAUAAGGUGUGGCAAUGAAAUUUACCCGGAUGAUCAAGAAUCCAUGGAAACGAGCGUAGAAGAGCCGCGAAACCUCGAUUCGAGCAACGAUCUUCAACCACAUUACACUGAGAGCUGGGAGGAUCCAACUUCCACGCCUAGUGCAGCUCUCACGACUACAGAAGGGAGCGGACUGUUACCGAUCGGGCAUAAACAACCGCAGUUCAAACGGCUUCGUCCAAUCGGUUUCUCUAACGAGGCCUUUAUUGACAUCAGCGACGAUUUCACUGAUAUCUCCGAUCAUUCUGAGUCUGGCGAUAUCGACACGACAGAUGCCACCACGGUCGUCGACUAUCCUGAACCUCAUACUCAGUUUGUCGAUGAGUCAGACCCAUUUCCAACCCCGAACACAAUCCCUAUUCCCACGAGCUCUCCCAAAAUGUCACGCACCACCACUAGACCAUUUAUUCCUGAAAAACAUACUACGAUGACUUUGCAGCCAUUUUCCGAAGCAGUAGCUGUCAUUACGCCACUAACAUCACCCAGAGAACCGUCUACUGGUUCACAGACUACUCCUCUAAAUCAACCCCUUCCGAUAUCCUUGCCUUUUACGAAGGACACCUUCAUUUCACGACCUCUUUCUAAAAAAUCAUCGACAACAUCAAAUCCAGCACACUCAGCUACUUUACACCAUCCCUUCAAGGGCACAUCGGUCACAUACCGGCCGUUUCGCAGCAAAAUCAAUGAUGGAGAAGUUCGGCAUCAUCAAAAUGUCCUUCAUAAAAGGCGAUCAGGUCUCACAUCGGGUAAAAUUCUCAAGCCAAAAAAGAAGUACAGCACGAAGAGGGCUCUUCAACCUGUUUAUAGAGCUCGUGGGAGACGACUAGUCUCUCAUGAUGUUCCGCUUCCAACCAAGAAGUUGACCACCACCUAUAGAAGAGGCGAGUCGACACCAACGACAAGGAAACAGCGAUACAGGAGCUAUCGUACGGAUCAAAAGGGUUUCACGAUUAAAAUUCGACGAAGCCUUCUGGGAUGA